ACUCAGUGAUGUUCAGCAGAACCAAAAAAGUUGCAGAGCACUACAGAUAGAACGCGCGUGAAUGUUGUAUCAGCAAUCUGCACACACUGAUCUGUAAACUCAGAUCGCGUCUCCAGAAUUUUCUUUCAACACUGCGUUUCCUUGUCUUGAGUCUCGGAUAUCUGUGCGGUGGUUCUGAGGAUUUAUUUGGGCGAUCUGAUACUCUAGGUUGUACAGAUUUCUACAGCCAUUUCUGUGAUGCAUAUGAACUGGACAGAGAUGCCUAUCCAUAACUUCUCCAUGGGUAACGGGUCAGAGGAAGACUAUUAUGAUGAAUAUGAUGAUGAGCAUGCAGAACUCAGGCAAUCACUCAACAUCAUGUCACUCAUAGUCUACUGUUUAGCCUUUGUGCUUGGAGUGGUUGGGAAUGGCAUUGUGAUCUGGGUGUCUGGAUUCACGAUGAAGAAGACAGUGAAUACAGUUUGGUUUCUCAACCUGGCAGUAGCAGACUUCCUUUUCACUGCCUUCUUGCCUCUCAGUGUGGCUUACACAGCCAUGGGCUUCCACUGGCCAUUUGGACGCUUCAUGUGCAAGCUCAACAGCACACUCAGUUUCCUCAACAUGUUUGCUAGUGUGUACAUCCUAGUGGUGAUUAGUGUGGACCGUUGCAUAUCAGUUGUGCAUCCAAUAUGGGCACAGAACCAUCGAAGUGUCAGCUGUGCAUCCGGACUGAGCCUUGGUGUCUGGGUAUUUGCUUUACUUUUGAGCUCUCCCUACUUUGUCUUCAGGGACACUGCUCCAGACUACAAUAAUCCAAACAUUAUUAACUGCUUUAACAACUUUGCCUUUUCUGAUGAUUAUGAGACUACAGAGGUGGUGGAGCUCCGUCUCCUGCGACACCGUGCUAUGAUCAUCACACGUUUUCUCCUGGGGUUUGUUGUGCCUUUUUCAAUCAUUGUCUCCUGCUAUGCAAUCAUCAUCCAUCGCCUCAAAAGAAACCGCUCAAUGUCUGGUCGCACAGGGCGCCCUUUUAAAAUCAUUGCUGCUGUGAUCACAGCUUUUUUCUUAUGCUGGGCUCCAUACCACAUCCUGGUGCUGAUCGAGAUGGCUCACCAUAUGGCCCCCAAGAAUAGCCCAACCCUGGAGCAUAUAACUACUAUUGGCAUUCCCAUAGCCACUAGUUUGGCUUUUCUCAACAGCUGCCUGAACCCAUUAUUGUAUGUGUUCAUUGGUCAGGAUUUCAAAGAUAAGGUGCGGAAGUCUAUAUUGAAAGUGCUGGAAACAGCAUUCACAGAGGAGGUAUCACGCACUAACACCUGCACAAACUCCAUGCUCAACACCCGCAUCAAAGAUCAAGGAAUGACCAGAAGUAAGAGCGUGUACUACAGAUCAUAGUACCCAAGAAUACUCCAGCUGGGAUUAGCAAUAUUUUUUAUAAAUGUUCACAGUAAAUGUUUGAAAAAGUAGUGAAUUAAUCCUUGGAUUAUAUUAGAUUGUUAUUCUCAUGUGACAUUUUAGCAUAACAAUAAAUUAACUUUACUUGGAAUAUAAUAAAUUUUUAUGUCAUAUUGAUUUGGUUUUUAAUAUGUAAUAAUAGCAAGUUCCUGUAGACUAGUCAAUGUAAAAAAGUCAAUUCAAUAUUUUAAUAUCAUGCUAAUGCUGUGUUUGAUAUAGUUAGUAUGUAUAGAAUCACAGAAGCCUGGUAGUUUUAAAAGCUUUUUUUAUUUGUAGAAAAAAAAAAAUAGUCAAAUGACUUAGAAAUUUAGUUUUAACUUUAGUUAGUAUUUAAUACAGUCUGACUGCUUGAGUCAGAGAGAAAAGUCAAGAAACUGGGGCAGAGCUUAUCUAGAAGACAUUAUACUGUAAAGUGGAUCUGGUCUGCAUUUGGACUAGAGGAGCACUGAAAAAUUUUGGAGCCAGUUGCUGAGCCAGUGCCAGCCCAGAAAUCAGAAUACAGAUGUGGACACCACCAGCGCAAAUAUGACUGUUAUAUAGCUUGUUCGAAUCUCUUAUAAUGCUUACCAAAUAGAGACAAAAUCUACAGCAAUGUCUACAGCUAAUAUGUUCUUUAUAAACUUAUUUAUAAAAGAAUUUUACUGAAUGUUAUUAUAAAUGUGUGUCUCUGUGUCUCUCUGUGUGUCUAACAAAGCUUAAUCGUUUGCCUACAUAAAAUUAAAAACAUCCCACUCCCAUUAUUUUUUAUUGGGUCCAGUGGGACCCCAGUCCCUCUAACCUUUGAAAUAUAUAGCUUGAAAUCAACAAACUUCACCUAUUGAAGCAUUGAAAGGUAUGGAAACUAAUAAAAUCAAUGCACAUGAAAAGUGAUUGGAAAAUCCUUUUCCCACUAUUUCUACUGCAUACAAACUCCCAGGACAAACAAUUAUGUGUCAUUUAUUCCUGUGAAGAGAUGGUCUUAGUAAGGAGCAAAAAUCGACAAAUAAAGUGUGGGUAGGUGAACUUUGCAUGUAUUUUAAAUUACAGUCACUUGAACACACACAUCACUGUUCCCAUGUUAGAGCUGUGCUUUACCUGACACAAAACAGUACAUUAGAACUCUGGGCACAAGGUGGGGGACAUCCUGUAUAGGGUGAACAGGCAACAUGUGUCCACAAAUUAAAAACUUUGUUGGGGUCAACAUGAUGCAGUGUGGUGCUCCAUAGUGGUACAAGAGUUCACCUAUCACUUUAUCUGCAAACUCAGGAGAAGCAAACUUGGUGCCCCGAUCUCAGCUGAACUGUGUAACAUGGAGUCAAGCAAAUCUUUCUCUGCAAUCCUCAACUGAUGCAAUGCUUGACUAGUCUGAAAUCACUCUUCAAGGAUCAGGACCAACCAAGGAGACAUCGAACAUGUAGCUGCAAUAAAAAUUAUUCAACCCCCAUUGCAAAUCAGGUUUAUUGUUAAAGCUUACAGACUUUCAGC